AGCUGACCUGUCUCAGUCACAGCACAAGGCAAUGGGCCCUGGAAGCUAUAAAUAGGGUUGGGGAGACAAACUAGCUUCUCUAGGAGGGUCUUGGAUGUUAGAAGUGCUCCAUAGGAUGCAGAUUAGGGGUUGUUUAAAACCAACUCAACCCCACCUUCCCCCAAGAAAACCACUCCAGCAUACUAACUGCCUGCUACUUCCCCAGAAGUCUAGCUCUACUAUUGAGUCUUGGAUGAAGUAACCCACCUCUUUCUCCCCUGCCUCAACUGGGUAAACUUGUUCCAGUGUAUGGUUAGAGCCCAGGACUGAAAUAGUGCUGGAGUUGCAGAGCUGCCCCACACAAGAAAGUAGCUCCGCAGCUCUUCUGAGAUCUGAGAGUGAAAUCUGGCAAUGCCAGAGAAAGCUUCUUCACACAAACCCACCAAUGUACUGCAACUCUCUUCUGGAGGGAUUUUUACUAGGUAGCUGGGACUCCAUGUCACCUCUGUCACUGGCCUCUCCGUGAACAAGUGCUGGGACAUGGAGGACAGCUUUCCCCCAGAGGAGAUCAGGUCUGGGCCAAGGCAUUUUCAGCUGUCUAAGACCAGCAUGCGGAGCGAGGAGAAGAGACUGAGGACUUUUCGGCAGUGGCCAGAGAGCUCACCUGUCUCUGCCACAGACCUGGCUAAGGCUGGCUUUUUCUUCCUGGGUCCUGGCGACCGAGUGCAGUGCUUCUGCUGUGGUGGUAUCUUGAGGAGCUGGGAGGCUGAGGAUCAACCCAUGCGAGAGCACCAAAAAUUUUUUCCUACCUGUAAGUUCAUCUGUGGUGAAGAUGUUGGCAACCAGCGGAUGCUCCCCUUUCUGGAGAUCUUGGACUAUGUGGAUGGGCAGAUCCUCAGCCUCCUACAGAGGAUGGAUGUGGAAGAGACGGCCCUACCCAGUCAACCAGAAUACCCGGAGAUGGAAACCGAGGCAAUGCGACUAGCCACUUUCCAGAGCUGGCCACCAUACACAGAGCUGUAUCCUGAGCAACUGGCGAGAGCAGGGUUCUUCUAUACAGGUCAAGGUGACACUGUGAGGUGUUUUUACUGUGAUGGCAGCUUGAGGAACUGGGAGCUUGGAGAUGACCCCUGGAGGGAACAUGCCAAAUGGUUUCCAAGGUGUGAGUUUUUGCUGCAGUCAAGGGGCAGAGACUUUGUUAGCAGCGUUCAGGACUCUGACUUCAACACUCCGGUAGCUCCAGGAGGCUUCUGGCAACAGGCUGAACAAGAUCCCCCUGCACCCCAAGAUCCCGAGGGGAGUCGGGAAUUGCCAUCUCUUCCUGUGGAUCAGUCUUCCAUAGUGCAGGAUGUCCUGCAGAUGGGCUUUGACCACAGCUUGGUGAUGAGCUUGGUGCAGAGUAGACACCUGCUGACUGGCACCUGCUACUUAUCUGUGUCCGAACUGGUCUUGGAUCUGCUUCAGGUAGAUGGAGAAGAAAGAGAGCGUGCGGAGAGGGAGACGGGUGUGCCAGGACAGAGACGAGACGCACAGGCCGAGUGCUCAAAAGAAUCAGCAGAGCUUCCACUGAGUACAGAGGAGCAGUUGCGACGGUUGCAGGAGGAGAGGAUGUGCAAAGUGUGCAUGGACAAAGAUGUGUCCGUUGUCUUUGUUCCUUGUGGCCACUUGGUGGUGUGUGUGGAGUGUGCCCCCAGCCUGAGACGGUGCCCCAUCUGCAGAGCGGUCAUCCGGGGAAGUGUGAGGACUUUCAUGUCCUGAACCAUGAGAAUCUCCAGUCUCUGACCUCCACUGAGGGCAGCCCCUUUUCCAACGCAGAAGGUGCUGCACGAGGAUAUCUCAUUAGAAAUGAUGUCACUAGCAGUCUGGGUUACUGAACAACCUCCCAGAAGUGUCCUGCAGAGCUUCUUCCAUGCCUGUUAGGAAACAUCCUUUUGCUGGAAGAUGACCAUGGAAAAGUUCAUUCCUAAAUUUUUCCAUUUACAGGAUGAGUGGUAACUUUUAGUUUAAAUCUGAUGAUUCUUGUCUGGAAUUGUGAUUUUAUUUUUUAAGAUAUUGUUAGAUCUUGGAGCAGAUAAAGGAAAGUUUGCCUGCAGAGUAAUUUAUUCAUGGGUUUGAAAAAAUGAUUUGCUAAGUCUGUAGAUUUAUACUUAACAUUUUGGAAUAAAAGCAUCUUCUGUUA